ACGGAGGAAGAUCUACAAUGCGUUUCUGUUCGUUUCUUUGGCUCUUUGCAUUUUGCAGUUAUCAUGCCGUUCUUCUCGGACACACAUGGUCAUUGAACAAUUUUCUCAUGACCGGACCAAAGGCAUAUCUUACUUAUGCCAGUAGCGUGCACGCGGGAGCACAAAACGGCAUCGACGAGUGCAAGCACCAGUUCGCGUGGGACAGGUGGAACUGCCCAGAGACCGCCCUCCCAUUGUCCACUCAUAAAGGACUACGACGCGCCACAAGAGAAACAUCCUUCGUCCACGCGAUCAGCGCCGCUGGGGUGAUGUACUCUCUGACCAGAAACUGCAGCCUCGGUGCCUUGGACAGCUGUGGCUGUGACCAAUCAAAAAACGGAAAAAUUGGCGGUCGUGGGUGGUUGUGGGGUGGAUGCAGCGACAACGUGGAAUUCGGGGAGAAAAUUUCUAAGAGCUACGUGGAUGCGCUGGAGACUGGGCAGGACUCACGAGCUGCUGUCAACUUGCACAACAACGAGGCCGGUAGAAAGGCUGUGAAAGCGACUAUGAAGCGAAUUUGCAGGUGCCACGGCAUGUCCGAGAGUUGCACGAUCCAGACGUGCUGGCUGCAGCUCUCCGAUUUCCGGGAAAUCGGAAAUUACCUGAAGGUGAAGCAUGACCAGGCGCAGAAGCUGGAGAUGGAUAAGAGGCGGAUGCGCGCCGGGAACAGCGCCGACAGCCGAGGGGCGAUCGCGGAUGCGUUCGGCACCAUCGAUGAGUCAGAACUGAUCUAUCUGGAGGACUCCCCGGAUUACUGCAGGAGGAACGUGAGCCUGGGACUGCUGGGCACGGAAGGGCGGCAGUGCCUGCAGACCGGGGACGGGCUGUCCCAGUGGGAGAAGCGCAGCUGCCGCAGGCUCUGCCAUGACUGCGGCCUGCGCGUAGAGGAGAGGCGAACGGAGACCGUGAGCAGCUGCAACUGCAAGUUCCACUGGUGCUGCACGGUCAAGUGCGAGAACUGCUCCCAGGUCACCGUCAAGCACGUGUGCGCGCGGAGAGACGGCGGGCAGGGGAAACACAGAAGGAAAGCGCGCGGACAUAAAUGA